ACUCCUCUUCAAGCAAUGAAAGUCAUUCCGGAAUAUAUGAUCGCACAAAAUCGACCUUAUGGCGCCAGUGACGUCUAUACGAAUCUUCAUCAAGAGUUCGGAAAAACCGUAAAUUCUCUCGCAGAUUUUAUUUUACUCAAAACGAUUUCAUUUUUGUCUGUCAAACGUUUACUUGAAAAUAAAGAAAUAUAUGAAUAUCGAAAAAUGGAUCAAAAUCGAGUGCACAUUUCGAAAGUCAAAUCACUCGAAGCACAACUUACAACACCACAACUUGCGGAGGCAAUUGAACGCCUUGAAGCUGAGCUGUCUGGAAUGGAAAAGCGUAAAAGUGAACUGGAAGGAAAUCAAGAUUCCAUGAGUGCAGACGAAAAGAAGAAGGCUGAGCAAAGUGUUGAUUAUUAUGAGAAAUUGAUGCGACAACGUAAACGAUGCGCAGAAGAUAUGAUCGCUGCGAUCAGUGAUAACUAUCCGAAGAAGAUGAACAUCCUGCUGGUUGCUUGCAUUUUCUUUGAUUUCAUAUUACUUAUGGAAUUAGGUGAAAUGCUUUUGGUAGAUGAGUGA